GUGUGCUGUCGUCCAGUACCGUCACGUUUGUUCUCCUAUCGCCGAACCUUAUUGGCGCACCUCGAAGAAAUGGGACGGUUAGUGUUUGCUCUGUCUUUUAGGCAAGGUCUCGUGAAAAGAUAAAGAAGCACGUUGAGUGGGUUGCCGUUGGCUUCUGGAAGUAACUGCUCGGAUUAACCAAGACCUGCCGCCACCAGCAAGCAAGCAGCACCGAGCCGAGCGGCGUCCACAAGCCGCUCACAGGGACGCGGCAGCCGGAUAAAGUUGACCUUGCAAGUUUGGCGGAGGAUACGAAGAGGAAACAAAUCAUAAAAUGCCCGUGGCAACAUCUUUCUCUGACUCCGCCAUGCAUCAGGCUUUGGACACGCUGAGUGACAGCAUCAGCUCCACAACCGCCAACGACCUGGACCUCAUCUUCCUCAAGGGCAUCAUGGAGAGCCCAGUGGCUCACGAGCGCUUUGAAGAGCCCAAGCUGGAAGCCGUGAGGGAGAACAACGUGGAGCUGGUCCAGGACAUCCUCAAGGAGCUCGACCCUCUGGCACACAGGAGCCAAGCGGCCGACGAGCUGGUCCGCAUCCUGAAGGAGCCUCACUUUCAGUCUCUGCUGGAGACGCAUGAUUCUGUCGCCUCCAAAAACUACGAGACUCCUCCACCCAGCCCUUGUGCCUUCAUGGACGCAGCCCUCAACAACCAACCCGUGCCCCCUGACGCCGUAAGGAUGGUGGGCAUACGCAAGGUGUCUGGUGAGCACCUGGGAGUGACGUUUCGCGUGGAGAGCGGCGAGCUCGUGAUCGCCAGAAUCCUCCACGGUGGCAUGAUUGACCAGCAAGGUCUGCUCCACGUGGGCGACAUCAUCAAGGAGGUGAACAGCAAGGAGGUGGGCAACGACCCCAAAGUGCUGCAGGAGAUGCUGAAGGAGGCGAGUGGCAGCGUGGUACUGAAGAUCCUGCCCAGCUACCAGGAGCCCCACACACCCAGACAGGCUUUUGUCAAAUGUCACUUUGACUACGACCCAUCCCACGAUAACCUGAUUCCAUGUAAGGAGGCGGGACUUAGCUUCUGCAGUGGAGACAUUCUGCAGAUUUUCAACCAGGAAGACCUGAACUGGUGGCAGGCCUGCCACAUUCAGGGAGGUAGCGCAGGUUUAAUUCCAAGUCAGCUCCUGGAGGAGAAGAGGAAAGCGUUUGUGAAACGAGAUCUGGAGCUCGUUACUACAGGUCCUCUGUGUGCUGGUGUGGGUGGCAAGAAGAAGAAAAAGAUGAUGUAUUUAACCACCAAGAAUGCAGAAUUUGAUCGGCACGAGUUGCGGAUCUAUGAAGAGGUCGCCAGGGUGCCGCCGUUCCGGAGGAAGACGCUGGUCCUGAUUGGUGCGCAGGGCGUCGGCCGUCGCAGUCUGAAGAACAAGCUGCUGGUGUUGGAUCCCCAGCGCUACGGCACCACCAUCCCUUUCACCACCAGAAAACCAAAGGUGGACGAGCGAGACGGUCAGAUGUAUUCCUUCAUGACACGUAGCGAAAUGGAGGGCGACAUCAAAAACGGACGUUUCCUGGAGCACGGCGAAUACGACGGGAACUUGUAUGGUACGAAAAUCAACUCCAUACACGAGGUGACGGAAACGGGAAAGAUCUGCAUCCUGGACGUAAACCCCCAGGCUCUUAAAGUCCUGCGGACGUCCGAGUUCUUGCCCUACGUCGUGUUCAUCGAGGCUCCAGAUUUUGAGGUCCUCAAGGCCAUGAACAGGUCGGCAAUAGAGUCAGGAGUGGUGACUAAACAAUUAACGGACUCGGAGCUCAAGAGGACGGUGGACGAGAGCGAGCGCAUCAAGAGGGCCUACGAACAUUACUUUGACCUCUGUAUCGUCAACGACGGCCUAGAAACAACAUUCCGACUUCUGCGCUCCGCCAUGGAAAAACUGUUAAACGAGCAGCAGUGGGUGCCUGUCAGCUGGGUCUUUUGAGUGUCCGAGCAGAGCGGCAGAAUGGCGGACCACGUAACUCCCGCUGCGACGUUCUGGGGCGGAAACGUGAAGUGGUGUCUUUGGACAGACUUGGUGUUGUCUUUAAUUUGUCAUCUGUUGAUAUUGAAAAGGAUCUAGAGUUGGCGCUUGGAUUUUCGUGCAAUUGUGUGAGUGGGUGUGUGCUUAUUGCAAACUUGUUAAUAGACGUAUAGAGUAGGGACGUAAGUAUAAUUUGGCCCAUUGUGCGGGACUAAUUGUUGAUGGCAGUUUUCCCCCCACUAUUUGUUCUUGCACUGAUUAAAAAAAAAAAAAAAAAAAAAAAAAAAA